AUGGUCCAUUGGCUGACCCCGGAGAAAAAGACCACUCAACAAAUGGGGGAAGCCAUUGUGGUGGAACAAUUCUGCCACGUGGUCAGCGCCAAAACCCAGGCAUGGAUACGGCACCACAACCCCGACACCCUGGAGGAGGCAGUCAGACUGGCUGAAGAUUACGAGGACUCCCUGAUGUCAGCCCCGGUCGGGAUCCUGUGUAACCAGCCGGGACAUAGGGCCAGGUCAUGCCCCUCUGCCAUGGAGUGUGACAUGGCUGUGUGCAACUGGGCACCUGGAACUGGGAGGAGGGGGCUGUCAGAACAAGCCAAGCUGACAGAGGAGUUCAUUUCUCUGCAGAGAUGUGUGCUGGCUAUCAGGGAGAGGGGGCUGUCAGAACAAGCCAAGCUGGCAGAGGAGUUCAUUUCACUGCAGAGAGCUAUCAGGGAGGAAGCUGACAGAGGAGUUCAUUUCUCUGCAGAGAUAGAUGUGUCAGAACAAGCCAAGCUGACAGAGGAGUUCUCUGCAGAGAUGUGUCAGGGGAGGGGGCUGUCAGAACAAGCCAAGCUGACAGAGGAGUUCAUUUCUCUGCAGAGAUGUGUGCUGGCUAUCAGGGAGGUGGGGGCUGUCAGAACAAGCCAAGGACAGGCAGGGCUGUCAGAACAAGCCAAGCUGACAGAGGAGUUCAUUUCUCUGCAGAGAUGUGUGCUGGCUAUCAGGGAGGAGGGGGCUUCUGCAAUAGAUUUUACACCUCAGUGUGCAGAAUGUAAUCCAGCUCUCUUCUUUCACAGAGUCUGUGAGCGCGAGGUCCUUAAAUCAGAAUGGAAGUGGAUCCUCAGCUCAGCAGUUGACAGUUUGUCUCUGGACCUCGAUACAGCACACCCCCGGCUCACCCUGCCUGUGGAUGCGAAACGAGUGAGAAGAACACGACGGGAUCUCCCUGACAAUCCCCAGAGAUUUGAUUCCAGGCGCUGUGUGCUGGCCAGGGAGGGCUUCACCUCAGGGAGACACUACUGGGAGCUGGGGGUGGGAGAGAAUACAUUCUGGAGAUUAGGAGUCAGCAGAGAGUCUGCCCUGAGGAAGGGGGGGUUCAGCAUUACCCCCCAGCAGGGUUACUGGACUGUGGGGUGGGAUGGAGAUGAAGGUAAAGAUGAGUUCACUGCUCUCACAGACCCCCAGACCCCCCUCCCCCUGAGUCUGAAGCCCCAGAAGCUGGGGGUGUAUCUGGAUUAUGAGGAAGGGCAGCUCUCCUUUUACAAUGUGGAGAGCAGAUCUCACAUCUACACUUUCACUGACAUGGAGUUCAAUCCCAAUGAGAAACUCUAUCCAUUCUUCUGGUCGUUGGAAUACAAAGACCUUGUGCUGGCGUCCCCGGGGAAGAUGAAUGACAGCUCUUUCUUGCUUCUAGUCUGGGAAUGGAUUCUUGCUGCAUCAGGUACUGGUUCACUUUACUACUUGUUUGCUAGAGGCUGAUAUGCUUGUUGAUUUAUUAUUUAUUUAUAUAACUCCCAUGUGGCGUGAAGUGUUACAGAAC